CAAAUGGUGGAAACACAUAACCACGAGACUUCUGCAUUGUUGUUCUCCAGUUUGCCAAAUCAACAGCGCUUGGCACCUCAAAUGAAAGCAGAAGUGUUCGAACUUAUGGACAUGAAAGCAAAUAAAAAGCUGAUCCAGUCCAAAAUCCACACUGAAACCGGUAAAAUGGUAACAUUAAGGGACUUAUCCAACAUACGCAAUACAGGUAUAUGAAACACAAAAUAUAUUACAUUAAAAAGUUUAUCUUGUUAAACCUCGUUAUUUUACAGAGAUAAAAAAUUGAGGAGUAAAAACUUUUGAGGAAACAGUGGAAGACGUAAAAAAGC